UAAGAAUUUGUUUUUUCCCCUCCUUGGCAUCCUCUGGAAUUGGACACUAACUGGAAUAUAUUUAAGUGAACCUCAGGAGUCUUGCAUCAGUGAGAGAAGAUAGAGCUUUUUCCAAAGGGCCGAAUCGCCGAGGCAGAGGAGUUCAGAGGCGUGCUGGAUGGCGGCCACAGCCAGGCCUGAUGGCAGGAGGUGUCCGCAACACGCUGAACUCUAAUAGCAUCCUCUAGCAACCACAGAGGUGGUACAGUUCAUGUGGAGACACUAAAAAGGUUGUGUGCUCAUGAGGUCGUCUAUGCUGGCCCUGUUCCUCUUCUUCAGUGCCCAGGCCCUGGCCGCCAUCAGAGGGGACUCCUGCGUUGCCACGGCGGCACACCCGAGGGAUCCCGGCAACAACAGCCCCACCUCCGUCCCCGUGGUGGACCCCAAACUCUUCAAGAGGCGCCACCACCUCUCCCCCAGGGUGCUCUUCAGCUCUCAGCCCCCCGAUGCGGAGCCGAAGGGGUCCGCGGGCGCGAGCAGGAGGAGCCGGAGGCGAGCGGGGCAGCCCCAGCACCGCGGGGUGUACUCGGUGUGCGAGAGCGUCAGCGUCUGGGUGGGCAACAAAACCAAAGCCACGGACAUCUCGGGCAACGAGGUGGCGGUCCUCCCCGAUGUGAACAUCAACAACGUCAACAAGAGGCAGUACUUCUUCGAGACGACGUGUCACAGCUCGCGGCCGGGCACCCCCGGCUGUCUGGGGAUCGAUGCCAGACACUGGAACUCCUACUGUACGAACUCGCACACUUUUGUGCGAGCGCUGACUUCAUUCAAGAACCUGGUGGCGUGGAGGCUCAUACGCAUCAACGUGGCCUGCGUGUGCGUGCUCAGCCGCAAGUCGUGGCGGCAGUGA